AUGAUAAAAGAGAUAUAUGGCAUGAAUGGCAUUAUUUGGGAUAAAAAAAAUAAAAGUUUUGUACCAAUUUCUACUAUUAAAUCUUAUAAAACGUUACAAAAUGAAAAGUUGCGAGAAAGCCGACGAAUAGAAACAUACAAAUUUAACGGUGAAAAUAUUUAUUUCUUAUAUUUUAAUGAUAAAGAUGUGUUUCAAUUUUAUAAUCAUGAUAAACAAGUUACUGGGGUUUGUGGUGAAUUGUGGACUAUGAUGUCCGAAUUGUUGAAUUUCACGAUGGUAUUAAUCAAGACUGACGUGAGAACUUUAGGCUCAAAAUAUGAUCCUAAUGGUAAUUUUACUGGUCUGUUAGGAUUAAUGCAACAGGGUAAUUUCACGAUUAUACCAAGGAUGGAAGCCUACAUUACACGAUUAGAAGUGGUUGAUUUUACGAGUGCUCUAUGGAAAGAACAUUAUAGAAUAUUCAUAAGACCGAAUUAUCAAUUCAAAAUUACUUGGAUGUUACAACUUUUUCCUGCGAAAUUUUGGUUGCUUAUCAUAAUUUUCUACAUACUUCUAUCGAUCCUGAGCAUAGUAUCACAAAAAAUGAUAGGUGAUGCAAAUUCAUAUAAAUUAAUAGCAUCACUUCAAGAUCAUUUUUUUUAUGUCUUUGGUGCCUUUUGUAAUCAAGGCGAAAUACUCUAUAUUGUUCAAAAUAAUUCAAAAAUUCUAUCAUUCUGUAUUAGUAUGUUUUCUUGGAUGAUUAUGAUAAGUUUUAACUCACAACUUAUUAUUUAUAUCACUGAAACAGUUGUCAUAAAACCGUUUGUUGACUUAGAAACUCUUUUGCAUACUACUGAUUAUAUAGUUCUUGCAGAAAAGAAUUCAGUUGCAUACAUUGCCUUUACGAAAAAUUUAAAACCCAUUUAUACCAAAAUAAAAGAAGCUGGUCGAAUUCAUUAUUAUUCAAGUUACGAACACAUAUGGGAUUUAACUUGUGAUAAUAAGAGAAGAUUUGCUGUACUUCAAAGUGAACAUAUAAAGGUGGAUAGCAAUGUGUAUUGUUCACUUUAUCCUAUUGGGCCUGAAUUUUUCAAAACUUGGGUUGUAGCAGGAAUAGCGAAAAAUUUUCCAUAUAAGAAAACAAUUAACCAUAGUAUAAUAAAAUUCUACGAGUAUGGCAUUAUUAAUGUUUUAAUGUCCCGUUGGCUUCGGAUGAGGUCUGAUAAUACAAUGAAUGUAACUAACUUGUUUUCUCCUAUAACUUUAUAUCAAGUAUAUUUGCCGAUCGGUAUAUAUUUAUUUGGACUUUGUACGUCGAUUAUAAUUCUAAUAAUAGAAAGUAUUAUGAUGAUUUUAAAAGGUGUACCCGAGAAGCGAGUAGGAAUAAGACCGAAAUUAACGUCGGGCUAUAAUGGGCUUUUAAGAUACAUUGAACAAAAUAGCUCUGACGUUAUUGUAAAAAUAGAAAUAUACCCACAAAAUUUAGACGUUGUUGAUUUUCUUUUACCUCUUUGGAAUGAUCGGUUUUCACAUACUGCAAAUCCAAAAGACAUCUAG